AUGGCGGCGGCGGCGGACGCGAAGGGUCGCGGAGAGGGGAUCGCGAUCGUGUGGCUGCGCAGCGAUCUGCGCGUGCACGACAACGAGGCGCUGCUGCGCGCGUGGCAGGCGGCGGCGAUCGCGGUGCCCGUUUACUGCUUCGACCCGCGCUGCUUCUCCACCACGCACCACUUCGGCUUCCCCAAAAUGGCAGCCCACCGAGCGCGCUUCCUGUUAGAGAGCGUGGCGGACCUGAGGCAGCGCCUGCGGGGAAUGGGGUCGGAGCUGGUUGUGCGGGUGGGGCCGCCUGAAAUUGUGCUGCCCGCCUUGGUGGCGGCUCUCAACGCGCACCUGGUGGUGGCUCAGGUGGAAACAACAGACGAGGAGCUCAGGGUGGAGAGGAACCUCAAGCAUGCGCUGAACAACGUGACUAUAACGAGGGCCACGGGAGGCCCAACAGCAGCUCAAGAACUGCCCGCUGAAGAUACUGCCAACGGUCGCCGCCCGAAGCUGGAUCUGAUAUGGGGGCUGACUAUGUACCACGUGGAUGAUCUUCCAUUCGCUCCUGCCAACCUGCCUGACGUCUACACACAGUUCCGGAAAGCGGUGGAAACCAAGGCUAAGGUCCGCCCACCCCUCGCCAUGCCUGCCAGCCUCGGACCGUUCCUCUCUGCCGAAGCUGUUGACAGGAUCGGCGGUUUGGGCUCCCUGCCUACUCUGGCAGACCUUGGGAUUGACGCCCCACCACCACAGGACUCUAGGGGUGUGCUGGCGUUCAGGGGCGGGGAAACAGCAGCACUGGCUCGGGUGGACGAGUAUGUGUGGCAGCGGGAUUGCAUCAAAGAGUACAAGCUGACUCGCAACGGCAUGGUGGGAGCAGACUACAGCACCAAGCUAUCCCCAUGGCUGGCGCAUGGGUGCAUCUCUGCUCGAUACAUUCAUUCAGAGGUGGUGCGAUACGAGAAGGAGCGAGUGGCAAACGAGUCCACGUACUGGGUGCUCUUCGAGCUCAUCUGGCGGGACUACUUCCGUUUCCUCUCCAUCAAAUGCGGCAACGCCAUCUUUCACUUGGGUGGACCCCGCAAGCUGCAAUUCAACGGCCGAGAUUGGUCCACGGACAGAGCUCUCUUCGACGCGUGGCGGGAGGGGCGAACGGGGUACCCUCUGGUGGAUGCGAAUAUGAGGGAGCUUGCUGCCACGGGUUUCAUGUCCAACCGAGGCCGACAGAUAGUGUGCUCAUUCCUGGUGCGAGACAUGGGCAUGGACUGGCGCAUGGGGGCGGAGUGGUUUGAGUCGCUCCUCCUUGACCAUGACCCGGCUUCCAACUACGGCAACUGGACAUAUGGCGCUGGUGUGGGCAAUGAUCCCAGGGAGGAUCGUUACUUCAGCAUUCCCAAGCAGGCGUCCACAUACGAUCCCAAUGGCGACUAUGUUGCUCAUUGGAUCCCUGAACUGGCAGCUCUCCCUCCAUCCCUGCGCCACUUCCCCUACCGUCUCUCUCCCUCCGAGCGAGCUGCAUACAAAUGGGAUGCUGAAGGAUCUACCUACCCCUUGAAGCCAGUGGUGCCAUUGAAAUAUGGUGGUGGUGCUGCUGGUGCUAGGGAUUCUAGGAACGGAGGAGGAGGUGGUGGUAGAGGAAGGGGGUCCAGUGGCAAUGCGAAUGGUAGUCGCUCACAAAGGGGUGGGAUGCAAGGGAGGGGUGGGAGUGAUUUACGGAAAGGUGGGAAGGCACAGUUCUAG